AUGACUUCUAUCGGUACCGGCUACGAUCUCUCUGCGAGCACAUACUCUCCGGACGGCCGCAUCUUUCAGGUCGAGUAUGCUAGUAAGGCGGUCGAGAACUCUGGUACUGCGAUUGGUUUGCGCGUAAAGGAUGGCGUCGUCUUCGCCGUCGAGAAGCUUGUGCAAUCCAAACUCUUGAUUCCUGGUGCGAACCGAAGGAUACAGACCAUCGACAGGCAUCUGGGUUUCGCGACUGCUGGUCUCGUGGCCGAUGGUCGGCAAUUGGCUAAUCGAGCGAAGGAGGAGGGCAAGACAUUAAGGUCGCAAUACCACCAUCCCCCAAACGUGAAGGAGGUUGCAGAUCGCCUCGGGCUCUUCGUUCAGGCGUAUACGCUGUACGGCUCUGUGCGUCCCUUCGGAACUAGCGCAAUCAUCGGUGGCGUGGACAAGAAGGGACCGCAACUAUUCGUCGUUGAGCCCAGUGGUGUUGCAUUGGGUUACCACGGCGCAGCAGUCGGCAAAGGCCGUCAAUUGGCGAAGAGCGAGCUAGAGAAGCUCAAGCUUGCUGAGUUGUCAACGCGAGAAGCCGUAUUCGAGGCGGCCCGCAUCAUCUACUUGGUUCACGACGACGCGAAGGAGAAGGAGUUCGAGCUCGAGAUGACCUGGGUAGGCGACGAGUCGAAGGGCUUGCACGAGCCUGUGCCGAAAGAUCUCUUCGACGAAGCGGAGAAGAAGGCGAAGGACGCUCUGGAGAGCUUUGAGUAA